AUGUCACAGGACGCUAAAGAUGUUGUACCAGGUGGACUGAGUCCGCUGAAACCGGCCGAUGCAGAAGUGCAAAAGAUUUGCGAUCAGGUAUCAGUUUAUUAAAGCUAGCAUAUGAGGCAACUCCCUCAUGAAAUCUUAUUUCUUUCUCCGCUUAACUUUGAAAUGCCGUGUUUGGCGAUAGCGGACAACCCGAGUAACCCAAGCUGGAAAGCAUGCGUAACUAUUAUCGUGACCUUCGAAAGUAGAAGGACUGAUUUUGCAUGCGAUAAGAAGAAACAGUAAAUUAUUUAACCUAGAAAUAUCCGUUAUAUAUGUUUCCGUGUUUCUUCAUGUCGUCAGUUGGUUUGAGCGAAAUGAGAGCGGCGAGAAAGGUGACACUCGGGGGUUAAGACAGAAACAUUAUAUUUCCAGCUUGGGCUGACUGUGGGUAGUAUUAAUUUAUGUUAAUACAUGUAAUUAAUGGCGAGCAGUCAUUGGCCAGAAUUGAUCAUGUGACCUCUACAUGUGCUUUAGUUGUCGGACAAUCUCCUAGCGUUAGGCCGUGACAAAAGUCGCUCCGUGAUCUCUGUCUUCCGCCAGAUCACUCUCCGUCCAAAAUCGAUCCAGGAGCCUCUUCCUUACUCCAGGCAACUCUGUUUAUCCUCAGUCGUCUUAAAGAAAACAAACUUCCUUCAUUCAGCCACCGGCUUUUAUUGAAAGAACUCCAGCUCAUUUGUGGUGACUCUUGGUGUGUCAUCUCUCCACGCUUCCUCAAUUGAGUAUCCUCAACCAUGGCAGCUUCCAAGCCUAAAAGAUCAGUCAAACAACCACUCAAUCCAGAUUUUGUGUAUGACUUUCCUGCUAUGGUUUUUCCUACUGAUUUUGAUCCAAAUGCGACUCCCUCGGCGGCCGCUCAGUCGGCUGCACAGGUUCCAGCGACAACGCCAGCUGUGACGGGCGCUGUGGCAAAGAAGAAAUCUACAAAAUCCGCCAACAUUCAAGACCAAUUGGAGCUGGAGCGGUUAAAACAGCAAAACCUUCAACUGGAAUUAAUGCUUCUUUCACAGAAAGAAAAACUCGGCGCAGAAGCACUCCAAACAACACAAGACAAAAUGUCAGCUGAUGCACGUGGUCAACUUAUGCACGACCAGUCGCAAGAAAAAAUCCUUGCGUCGCUCAUGAAUGAACUGACCCCACCGUUGCGAGAGGAGCAGAAUCAGCUAGCAAAUCCCACCUUUCCGGUUAUGCAGCAGCUCAAAGCAAGUGCUAAAGGGCACACUGUUUUCUCCUCAAAAGGUACGUUGGAUUAUGAUAAAAUUGACAUUUCAGAAUUUGUGUUUGCCUUUCUUGAGUCUGUUCAACAACAGCAGCAAUCACAACACCAACAUCUGCUUCAGUUUCUCCAGUUGCUUAUGGAAAAAGCUAUGAACUACUCCUGGCCGAGUGUUCGAAAUUUUAAUUUGUCUAUUAACCAAGCGUUGGCACAAGGUAGGCUUACCUGGGGUCAAAUGGAUGUCAUUCAAGCUCCAUCGAAUACUUUCUUUAGUCAUGCUGAUCUUCGUUCCAGUCAGAAUACAGGCUCCAAGUUUUCAGGUCCACGCCAGCAACGCGACCCCCCUCGGAGAGAGCAGAAAGAUAUGUAUUGUACUGACUGGAAUUAUACCGCCAAAUGCUCUUGUAACAUCACUGACCCGGAGAACAAGAACACGCAUCACUGCAGAGUAUGUGAUUCUGAUCAGCAUCCCAUGCUCCAUUGUGCUAAACGGAGAUAUCCUAUUCCAACUAACAAAUCUGCUCAGCAAAGGCCACAAUGAAUAGCUGAAAACAUUGACAUUAUCGACACAGUCUUGCGUUCAGGCGACUACAAUUUUGCUCUUGCACAAGUGCCCAUUAAAACCUCGUUCAAUAUUGACAACUGGAUCACAUACCUGCAUGAUUAUGAUGAUUUUAUUAUAGUCCAAUACUUGCGUUAUGGUUGGCCAAUUAAUUAUCAGUCAAAUGUGUUGCCACAGUCUACUUUGAUUAACCACUCCUCUGCCAUCAAAAACAAUUUGUGUCUGAUGGAUUAUCUCGUUGAGGAACUUGCUCAUGGAGCAAUUAUUGGUCCAUUUUCGUGUAAUCCAUUUUCCUGUCCAUGUGUUUUGUCGCCGUUACAAACAGUGCCAAAACGGGACAGUUCAAAGUUACGGGUGGUUCAUGACUUAAGCUUCCCUGAGAGUACAUCAGUUAAUUCCGGAAUACCAAAGGAUAGUUAUUUAAAUCAUGAAUACAAGUGAACACUUCCAGGUGUUGAUAGACUUACUCAUUUCAUUCGAUUACGUGGACGUCAUUGUCAUAUCUACAAGAAAGACCUUGCCUGGGCCUUCCUACAAAUGCCCCUGGAUCCCAAGGAUGUUCCUUUUGCUUGGUUUUGUUGUGAACAAUCAACUAUAUUUUCACACACGCUUUCCUUUUGGACUUCGCUCGGCCACUAUGGUAUGCCAGCGAGUAACCAAAGCAGUGAUUCAUAUAUUAACUACAGAGGGUUAUCUUGCUGAUGUCUACAUUGAUGACUUUUAUGGCGGAGUUAGCAGAGUUAGCAGGUGUAGCAUUCCAAAGGAUGACUGAAUUGUUUGAUGAACUGGGCUUGGAAGCCUCCCCCGCCAAAGAUCAAUUGCCGAACACACAAAUGCUUGUGCUUGGAAUUUGGUUCAAUACGGAUGACAUGACUGUAUCGGUUCCUGAGUUUCGAUUAUUGGAAUUGCGAGCUGAACUUUCUCAUUGGCUUGAACUGGAGCAAGCCACUAAACAUCAAUUGCAAGUCCUCAUUGGUAAAUUAAGUUACGUGUGCAGUUGCGUGCGCCCUGGGCGGGCUUUUAUGUCGCGUUUGUUGAAUGAACUGCGCAGUUGUGAUUCGCGUAGAAGAACUAUUCCUGUGUCAUAUGAGCUCAAACUGGACUUACAGUGGUGGCUACAUUUUCUAGACAAAUACAGUGGUGUCUCAGUGAUAGGUACAGAGUUUCUAGAAUCCAGCGAACAGUUAUUUUCCACCGAUGCUAGCCUGACAGGAUGUGGAGCCAUCCGUGAAGGAGAAUAUUUCCAUGAACUCUUCCCGCCAAUUAUUACUCAGCAGCAGUUAUCCAUUACGCAGUUGGAACUCCUCACAGUGGUUGUGGCAGUCAAGCUAUGGCAAUUAAAGUUAAAAGGCAGAUGCAUAAUGAUUCACUGUGACAACCAGGCAUGCGUUGACAUGAUAAACUCUAUGCGUAGCAGGCACGUUUUCUUACAAGUUUGUUUACGGGAAUUAUGGCUGACAUUAGCAGUUAACAACAUCCUGCUCAAGGCUGUGCACAUUCCUGGAAAUGAAAACACAUUAGCAGAUUGCCUUAGUAGGUGGCACACAGAUGCCAUCUACCAAUCACGAUUCCAUGCCUUAACAGUUUCCCUUGAGUUGCAGCCAGUUACAGUUAACCCUUCUGCUGUUUUCCUUUACCUGCACUUAACCUGCUGGCGUUUAAUAUUGUUCCGAAAUUUGAGAAAUUGCAGUCUUCCUUUACAACUGACUUGCAUCACCAUGAGAGUUGCCUGAUAAAACUGGCACUUGAAAAGUUGAACAGAAGACAACAGUUGCUCGACCGUGAAGCUAACUCAAAAGUAAUUUGCUAAAGGAGGAAUUUGUGACAUCGCGCUCCAGUCCAAAGACCCACUAAUCUCAAGAAAAACAAAAUGGAUUGUAUCUGCGCCAAAAGAAUUAUGACUGCCUAACAGAACAAUUUUCAGCACUUAAUGUAGAAGUUUAGGCUCAAUUCCUUCCUUCGACUUCGCAUCUGUAGAUCACUUUUUUGCGAGAAAACAAUGUCUGGGCCCGGCGUUACAAAACAUAGCAGGGAAUCAUCACACUAGCUGACGGACAAAACAACCACAAGGACCACAAGUAUUUAUUCAGAUAAACACAUUUCGGAAAAAAAAAACUUGAGAAACUAGAAAUUUGAUUAACAUUGAGUCAUUUGGCCGAAAUAAGAACCUUAACGCUCAAAAAAAUUGGCUAAAGAAAACGAAUCCUGUCAGAACUACAGACUGCAGGUAGUAGUUAAUCAGUAUGCAUGUAACAGACCAGCUUCAUGGCCUCUUAAUGUGAGACAAGCAACCAAAAUUAAGUUUACAUAGUUAGAGUUUAAAACUCUCCACAGUAUAAUCUACCCGCUAGAAAGAAAAAUAAAAGAAAAUCUCUGGGGGAUGAAAAUGCUAAAGUCACGUUUCACUAGCUUAUGAUUGUGUCUGGCCUGUCAACACCGAAUUUCUUGCUGUUUGAUGAUGAAGUACAAUAGCUGUGUCAUUUCGUCGUUGUGAUUGGCUCUUCCCACCGUCGGCGCGCGAAGUCCCCCUGGGAACCGUUCUAAUUAUAAAUCUACUCGGGAAAGGGUUGACCCCAAGGGCUUGUAUGGGAGAUGGAGGCUCCGUCUGAUGGGCUCCUGGUUCUCAACACCACUCAAAAACUCAAUGUUGCUAAAACCUUAGCUCAGCACAUCCCUACAACUCAUGAUUAGGUCACUACCACUUAGCUUUCACUACUUCCUCAUUACUUCACACCUGGGGUUUUGGGGUCUGUCUUUUGUCAGAUUUCAUGUUUGUCAUUUUGCCAAUAAACUUGUUGAACCCAUCUUGGUGUGACAGUAAUUGGGUAGUAUUAAUUUAUGUUAAUACAUGUAAUUAAUGGCGAACAGUCAUUGGCCAGAAUUAAUCAUGUGACCUCUACAUGUGCUUUAGUUGUUGGACAAUCUCCUAGCGUUAGGCCUUGACAACCCACCCUUCCCACCCUUAAGGUCUGUCUUUUGUCAGAUUUCUUGUUUGUCAUUUUGCCAAUAAACUUGUUGAGCCCAUCUUGGUGUGACAGUAAUUACUGAGAACCUUUCCGAAGCUUUGUAAACAAACGAUGAACAGUUAAAUUAUUUCCAGUAUAUUUGAUGCGAUGGAAGUACAUUCUGUACAAUUGCUUGUAACCAUGAUAACAACUAUUGUUCCAAACCCUACUCGCAUGACGUUUGUGAUUUAAAAUAAAGAAAACAAGGGGGAAAUGAGUGGAACGCUUCUAGCCGGAAUAUUAUUGUUCACUGUACUGUAUUGUUGCAUAGUAGAACUUCGAUAUAACGAAGAGCCAAAGGAUAGGCAAAAUAUGUUCGUUUGGACGAGGUUUCGUUAUAUCGAAGUUCUCUUAAUUCAUAUAUUUUACUAUUACUGGGGUAAGAACAACCGUCCGUUAUACUGAGGACUUCGUUGCAUCGAGAUUCGUUAUAUCGAGCCCGGCGGGGGAGGGGACUCCGCAUAUGAAAGGGGUGGAGAUGCUCGUCGGAAAUUUUGAAUUAAACCCCUAAAGGAGACCGAUCUGGGAGUGACCCAAGCUUUUUUUGACCCCUAAAAGAGACCAUGUUAAGACGAAGACAAAAUAUCUAUUUUUAUAUUUUUUCACGUGCAACCCUAAACGAGACCUACACGGCUAAAUAUGAUGGCGUUUUGCCCAGAACACCCUAAGUGAGACCAAAAUCCGAAAUUUACACCCCUAAGCGAGACGACGAGCAUCCCCACCCCUUUCAUAUGCGGAGUCUCUCCCCCGGGAUAUCGAGGUACCACUUUAAAUAGGUAGAUGGUACCAUCACAGCAGAGGUGGGCGAGGUAUAGUCAGGGCGUCGUAGAACUGGGGUUUUACGGUAUGUAUUUCACACCUCUUUGCUAACAAGGUAAAAAAUAUCCUCAACUUGUCUCCCCAACAGGUGAAACCCCAAGCAGAGAAAAUGUCAGGGCAAGAAUUUCCUGAAUUUAAAGCCAUUUCAUGUAAAACUCAAGUUGUAGCUGGAAUAAAUUACUUCAUUAAGGUUAGUCAAAAACGUUUCACAGCUAUAUACCCCUUCCCUAAGCCAACAUUAACACUUACUUCUCACUUAGCACAAAAUAUUGGCUUAGGGGAUGGGUAGGUGGACAGUUUCCCAGAAACGAAUAAUAAUCCCAACGCACGUCGGAUCUGCAGUCAGUCCCACAUUGUACUUAUUAUGACAUCCACGAAGGAGUGGGAAGUGGGGGUAGGGGAAAUGGCAAGCAUUGUGUUUAAUUACAUAAUGAUUCCUGUUAGUGUAGGUAAUAGCAUGAUUUGAAGUGUAUUUCGAUGAUUGCCACGGUUGAUAUUUCGAAAUUGUUAUACGUAAUUUCACGAGCCGUUAGGCGAGUGAAAAUUGAGACAAUUUUGAAAUAUCACGAGUGGUAUUUAUGCCAAAUAUCUCGUACAAAUCAAAUUACUAUUUGUUUAUAUCACUACCAAGCAAAAUGUCUGUAAUUUUCGCAUACAGGUAUUUCAAAUUAUACUGAAAUACUACUGCUCUAAGCCAAUCAAACUACAGAAAUUUCAAAUGUAUUAGUAUAAUAAAGUUAAGUCAAGCGUUGUCUGUUUCCAUAAUCACUAAUAUUCUCAUAACACAGCAUUCCAGUCAAACGCUCUGCCCGGCCGAUGCGGUAUUGCUUCCGUAAUUUUUGAAUAAAGAAAGAUCGAUAGUUUAAAAAUUAAUUUUUGUUAAGACAUUGUCACAGCCCCACACUUCGCCUUCAACUCAACGCUUUCGGAAGUGAAUAAUGGAUGCAGGGUCACUGUGAAAGAUUUCACCUCAUGUAAAAGAAUCCGGAUUGCGGAAUCCGAGAGAUUUUUGCUCGUGGAAUCUGGAAUACAGCUCAAGCAAUCCAGAAUCCGACUAACCAUCGGAAUCCGGAAUCCAAGUUCCACUUGAAAAUUCCGGAUUCUAGUACCUGGAAUCCGGAAUCCACGGCGUGGAAUCCAGAAUCCAAGACUGUCUUGGAUUCCCUUACAUGGGGUGGAAGAUUCUUCAGAGAAGGGUACAGCUUAGUUAAAGGGGCUCUGUCACUAAAUUCAGCGAAAGAUAAGGAACUCUCGCUGGUCUCGCACAGAAGGCCGUGCACAAGUGCUAUUAAGCCACGCUUACAUUCAAUUUCCGUUUUUUUUUUUUCUGGAAUAGGUGUAUUAUCCAUCAUCCUCGCUUUCAUGCUCUUUUAGAUAAUUAUCUAUUAGAACGAUUGCGUGUGAUCACAAGCUCAACUAAAGGUUUUGAUAUCUUAAACAGAAACUCAAGAGUAAUACUGGAUCAAAAUUCCAAAUUCAAUGAAAGGAAAUAACAUUAAUUUUAUUAGAUCUUUUAUUAGUGUCCCCUUGGUUUCGCUAUCAAAUUAAUUUUUCCUCUUUCGACAUUUCAACAUUUUGAAUGCUGAAAGAUCAUAAUUGACUCACACAUUACAUACUGGAUCUACAGUACAAUCUCGAUUUCUCGAACUCUAGGAGUUUCGAAACCCCGGAUAAUUCGAACUAAACCUAACCUUCUUUAUCAGCCAUGCCACACAGUGUAAUUUUACCUCCGAUUUUUCAAACCUCCCCAACAUUCGAACCAAUUUGAUUUUCUCAAUGUUUUCCGAUAAAUCGGGAUCUCACUGUAUACCUUACUCGAGGGUGGGUCCUUUAAACUGUUAAAAUAUUUUACCUACAGGUUCAUGUUGGCGGUCCUUCCUACGUUCAUUUGCGUGUUUUCCAGUCUCUGCCAUGUGAUGGAUCAACUCUUACAUUAUCUGCUAUAAAGACAGGAAUGACCAAGGACGAUCCCAUCAACUAUUUUCACUAG